UUUGCUAUUAUAACAGGGUGCAUUAUCUUUCAUCAACAAUGUAAUAUUCUGAACGAAAUGUUUGUGAGAUUUUUCGUGUAUUUGUGAUAUGUGAGGUGAUAUUUGAGCACAGUUAUAAAAACUAGGAUUAUGGAGGAGUCUAAUGAGGAGGCCAAUGUCGUUCCAGAACUCUACUUUCUGAUAGCGAAAUUUCUCUCCGGCGGCCCUCUGAAGGAGACUGCGAAGACUUUACUGAAAGAGCUCGAGCGCGUAGAGGUGCUGCCCAGACGGCUUGACUGGGAGGGCAACGAACACACGCAGUCUUACGAUGAAUUGGCGGCACAACACAACGAUAUGUCGUGGCGGCGGCUGGCGACGGUAUGCGAGCGCGCGCUGCAGUUGGCCAGCAAGACCGCACUGGUCCCCAACGGCAACACCAGCAGUGCACCAGUGGUUAUUCCCCCCGCCGUGGCCAGUGUGGCCAGUGCAGCCAGCGAGCCGCAGCUGAGACUAAAAGCGCGCCUGUCUCUGCUCAGCGAGUCUCUGGUCAGACCGAAGCCAAAAUAUGCCACACAUCAGCCAGAUCAUUCACUUGUGCGGCGGCUGUGUUAG